AUGAACUCAGCUCAGCAGCUGCUUCGGUCACAGAGAGACUUGCUGCUGAACUGGACGUGUGACCACCCAGCGCCCUUGCUGCGUUGGCUGCGUGAUGCAGAGGUGCUCUCCUCUCCCCAGUACCUGUCUCUGCUGGUGAGGUCCCCUUCCAAUGCUGUGGCCCAGGCUCUAGAGACAGUAUGUGCCACUGAGGAAGGUAGCCAAAAGUUCCUGCUGGUGCUGCGGGAGGUGCAGGAUUAUUACUGCGGGGAUCUGCAGGCCUGGGUGGAGAGACACAGCAGGAAUGAUGCCGUCAGUCAGCCAGUACCUACACCUAUAACGAUUGAAGCUAAGAAGCCUAAAGGCCCCUUUUCUAAACUACUCAAAGGAAAGAGCAAGGGAUUCACCCCGACCCCUGAGGUUAAAGCUAAAGAAGAACUGAAACCUAGCAGGAGUGUAAACUUGGCCAACAUCCGAGUUCCCAUUUCUGCUCAUAAAACAACCCUACUGAAACGCACAGAGCAGUUAAAGUGUUACUCAGAGGGCGAGGGAGUGGCUUCAAACUCAGCUUCUCACAUUGAGAUUCGAUACACUGACCUGUUUGUAACAGAAGAUAAUGACUUAGUUGACAGCAGCCAACAUGAAUACUUUGACCUGGCGAGCAGACGAGCUCGCAUCUAUGCCCAUCAGGCCUGCCAGCGCAUCCGGCCUUGCCAUCUAUUGAGCCCCGAAGGAACGUCAGAAAGGUCCCCAAAAAGGGUCAAGGUGAAGGGUAUUGCUGGUAUCGGAAAGAGCAUAGCAGUGCAGAGACUAGCCUAUGAGUGGGCAAUUGGGAAGAGCAUGCGUGAAUUCACCUGUGUUUUUGACCUGCGCUUCAGAGAGCUCAAUCUGAUUGAAGCACCACUGAGCCUAUUGGAGCUCCUUGGGGAACGGUUCCGGUACCUGAAGACGGUUUUAACUUACCUUUUCGCUUCACCAAGCUCUUUGCUCUUCAUCUUAGAUGGAUUAGAUGAGUUCAAAUUCCCAUUGGACUGGAACAGUCCUGACAAAAACAUUGACGUGGAUUCGAAGGUGCCAGUGUCAGAGCUGAUGGUGGCUUUAAUCAAGGGAAGCUUUCUCCCCGAGGCUUCAGUCAUUCUCACAACGAGACCAUCUACUGAGGCCCCCAAGCAUUUCUUCCAGAGAUGUUGUGUGGUGCUGGGCUUUGAGGAGACCCAGGUGAAAGAAUAUACCAGCAAGUUCUACAAAGACAGUAAAGUUGCUGAAAAAGUCUACGAUUACAUUUUGAACAAUGACAGCCUUUUCGUGCUGUCCUUCAUCCCUCUUUAUUGCUACAUCAUCUGUACCGCUAUGGCUGAGUUCUUUUCUUCAGGAACUCAAGAUGCUUGUGACUCAAAGUCUCUUGAGCUGAACCCACCCAGAACAGUCAGCGAGGUGUACUUCUGCUACCUGUUUACAGCAGUUAAGCACCAUGCACUGAGGGGGAGUGCAGAGAGAAGCACACCUAGAUCUGUGGUUCUUUCACUUGCUAAGCAAGAAUUGACACAACUGGGUAAACUGGCUUAUGAAAACCUCCUACAGAAGAAAAUAAUGUUCAGCAGAGUGGAUUUGGAGAACUAUGGUAUUAUACCUGCUGAUAUUCAGAGCACCUUUCUCUGUCACAUACUCCAGCCUCUCAAAGAGGAGACGGUGGAGAUGUUUUCUUUCUUCCACUUGACUGUUCAAGAACAUCUGGCUGCCCUCUACUGUGCAAUCAACCUCUUCAGUCAGCAGGACAUAAUUCAAGCUCUGGACUUCUGGUGUUUUGGGAUAUGCCAAACAUCCUCCACUGCUGCACCCCUGCAAAACACAGAUUUCAACGUGGACAGGCUCGAGAGCCUCCACAUGUUCACACGCUUCUUCAUGGGAAUGCUGCGAGCACGGCUGGCAGGUCAGUUGGAUGGCCUUGUUCUUUAUCCCAUGGAGCAAGGGGAUGACAUUCCUGCCAGGCUGGGUUUGUGGUUUCAAGAGCAGUUUAAGGACAGGAAGCUGGAAAGCCAGGCAGCCCUGAAUCUUCUCCACUGCCUGAUGGAGUUUCACAUGAAGGAAGCCACCAGCAUUGCAGCACCAGAGAUCAAGAAAUUAAACCUGUUUAAAAUUAAGCUGAGUGUUGUGGACUGUGCAGCAAUUCACUAUGUGCUGCAGUUCUCCCUACACAAGCUGCAGGAGCUAAACUUAGGCUACUCCAACAUUGGAAACAGAGGACUAAACAGACUGGGGCCAAUCCUACAUCGCUGUGAAUCUCUCUAUUUGAGAUACAACUGCCUGGACAGGCAAGCAGCUAAUUUAGAAUCUGUGAUUCUGAGAUCGAAUGAGUGCCAAGUGAAGAAGCUUUUCAUGUGUGGCAAUAACCUGGGUCCAGAGGGGGUUUGGGAGCUGUGGAACGCUCUGCAGUCCAACACCACUGUGGAGGAGCUCUAUCUGGACAUCACUGGCAUCACAGACAGAGGAACAGAAAACAUUGUCAACUGCCUCAGCAAAAACACCUCUCUGAAGACUCUGACCAUUGUUGGGAAUGACAUCAGAGAGGAGGGGAGGAGGAGGCUGAGGGAGCUUGGGCAAAGUCGACCGGGACUCCGGAUUAUUGCAGACUUUGUGGAAGACCGUGGGUUACUUCAGGCCUACCUGGACUGGGUGGAGGAGAUACGAGUUGACAAAGACCAGAUGGAAUCCGUGAAGAAUGCAGACGCCCUGCAGUCGGUGCUGAAGGGGCUCCAGGUGGCAGGAAAACAAAUGCAGAAAGGAGAGAACGCAGAAAAAGGCAAGGAGCUCCAGACAAAGAUUGUGGAGUUGCUGAAGUCUUCCACUGAUCUGAUUGGAUGAAGAUGACCACAUGUUAUUUAGUGUAUUUUGUCUAAGGGCGGGGCUCCAUCAGCCAUGGGUCAACUAACAAUCUGACUUCUAUCAGUAAAAGUGCGAUUCAUAUUGACUCUAAUGUUCUCUUUGGGGUCUCCGGGCUCUUGAUAACAGCUCAAAAAACACACCUUGAUAAAACAACGUUGGUUUAUCAAGGGGUUAAUUUAGCGAUUUUUAUUGGUUUUUUUGUUUUUUUGAUACGUACAGCAGUGGGGCGGGAGACACAAAUGAUUUAUUGAAAUGAUGUGACACCCGGUCUGCUCUGUGACAUGAUACUGUACAUCAAGAGGAGACAAGCGAAGAUCUACAGAAUCCGAUGACAAACUACAGACUGAACUACGGACUGGUCUGGUUGUGUGUAUUCUUAUUCAAUACAUUUGGAAUUUGUGAAAGAGACUGAAUAAUAAUGACACUCAGUGUGUCAGAGGAAGUCUACAACCCAGUUUUUAUAUUUUCUAAAGGAUGAAUUUUUUCUGUCUGUCUCAAUGUAAAUGUUUCAUCAUUUGACGCUAAAUCACAAAAGUUACUUAACUGUUUAAUUGUCUGUUCUUGAGGCUAUGAACAAACAACAUAGUGGCCAAACUGUUUUCCUUUGUUAAACAACAGUAUUGCUAAGUGACUACAAGUUUUG